GGGCAACUGGAUCGGAGAAGCCCCCUACAGAACCGGCCGGCCUUGCUCCGAGUGCCCCCCCAAGUAUGGCGGCGGCUGCAAGAACAACCUCUGUUACCGAGAGACUUAUGGCCAGAAACCUGAAACGGACGACAUGAAUGAGGUGGAAGUGGCCCCCAUUCCUGAUGAGAAGCACGUCUGGGUCUCACCAAGGGUGAUCAAACCCACGAAGCCCAAGAAAGACUCUCCCGUGAACCACAUGACCCAAGUCGUCAAGUGUGACACCAAGAUGAAGGACAAGUGUAAAGGGUCCACGUGCAACAGGUACCAGUGCCCAGCAGGCUGCCUGCACAGUGGAGCAAAGAUCUUUGGGACUCUCUUUUAUGAAAGCGCGUCCAGCAUCUGCCGGGCCGCCAUUCACUAUGGGAUCCUGGACGACAGGGGAGGCUUGGUGGACGUCACCAGGAACGGGAAGGUCCCCUUUUUUGUCAAGUCAGAGAGAAACGGCGUGCAGUCUCUGAGCAAAUACAAGGCUUCCAGCUCAUUUACGGUGUCAAAAGUAAAAGUGCAAGACCUGGACUGCUAUACCACUGUGGCCCAGCUCUGCCCAUAUGAGAAGCCGGGGACCCACUGCCCAAGAGUUCGCUGUCCAGCGCACUGCAAAGACGAGCCAUCCUAUUGGGCUCCCGUGUUUGGAAGCAACAUCUAUGCCGACACUUCCAGCAUCUGUAAGACUGCUGUGCACGCGGGGGUCAUCCGGAAUGAGAGUGGGGGCUACGUGGACGUGAUGCCCGUGGAUAAAAAGAAGACCUAUGUGGGCUCGCUCAGGAAUGGAGUCCAGUCUGAAAGCUUGAGGACCCCUAGAGACGGAAAGGCCUUCCGCAUCUUUGCUGUCAGGCAGUGAACUUGCAGGGCUGGGGAGAAGGGCACGUCCUCAAGACGGCUUCAGGGGUUCGCUUUUUAUUUUGUCAUGGGGGGUGGGGUGGGGUGGGCCGGGGAUGUGGGGAGUCAGGAAGCUUCCUUUGAUUGGCGUCCAGCGUCCCGUCUGCCGUGCCUUGGUCUCAGCUCCUCACGCUGGGAAGAGAGAGCAUCCCUGGGGUCCUGAGCAGAGAGCCGGUGAUCAUCCUGCCGAGGCCCGGGGGUCUCCCCGCGGAGGUGUCCUUCUAUGGAUGGAGAGAGGAUUCCAACUGGAGGAGAGAAUGAAGGACUCGGAGCUGACACUGUGAGGCGUUGGGGCCAUGGGAAGAGGCGCAUGGAGAACGCUCGGGAGGCGGGGGAGUUUCAGGGAUGGAGUAGAGGUAGCUAUUUAAAACAUUCAGAAACACAGUCUGUCCCUACCAGUGGUGAAAAAUGGGAUUAAUGUUUGCUGGUCAAACGGGCUGGGCCGUGGGACCCUGCCCUGGUGCUGGUCCUGCUCCCGUCCUGCUGCGUGCAGGCUGGUUCUAUACACAGCAGUGCUGGCUGACUUCGAGUUCAGCCCUAACUCCAGAGAUGUGUCUUGUCUUGGUCCUUCCCUACGUCCAUGUGGCCUGUCUGUCUGCUGCCUCGACCUUUGGUCUCAUUGAGGACUAACGAACCAGGACCCUUCCUUGAUCCUCGCCUCGCUGCGGCUCACACCCCUCCCAAACUAGUUUUUGUGUCUCCCACCAGGGUCUUUGCUUAGCAAGUGAUUCUGUAUGAAGCCCAACUUUUAAUUUCAACCCCUUGUUCUCUGUGGGUUCCACCAAGGUGUCCAAAAACAGCCAAAGAAGGGCUGUUUAGUUGCUGCCUUUAAAAAUGGCACUGAAGUGUGCAGAUUCCCUAUCCGUCAGAUGACCUAUUUUUCUGCACUGGGAGGAAUGGCUUCAUUCUUUAGUACAUUCCUCGCCGAGGUUAGCAGCUCUGGAAGGAGACACAGCCAGUGGUUAUGAAACCAUCUUGUGGCAUAAUAACAAGAGAUGGUAACACACGCGGGGGAUUUCUCUUCCUGUUUUUGUGGAACGGUUCUUGCCAAAUGUUGCUGAGGCUCCAAGGAGCAUGGUGCUCUCUGGCUCCCAUCGCCAUAUAAAACUUCAUAAGCCUCGACCCGAACCCACAGUGAAAUAAAAUACCCUUUUGUAAAUAGAGUUUCUUUGCAGAAGGUAAAAUUCCACCUUCCAUCACCAGACUGACCAAUAGAUCACUUUCGUGAAUGCCAGUUUCAAAGUUGAUUCCACCCUCAAUCACCAUAUUUUGAAGGCAAAAGACCUAGCAAAAAGUUAAAAGAAAAAACUAAGAUAGUCUGGAUGAGGAGCUCUACCUGGGGAACCAAGCUGGGGCUUCCUUUUAGCGUAUCCCUAAUUAGAGCAGAAACAGAAGGUAAAUACUAUUCCCCAGCUAGAGGGAGUUUGUAGAAGGAAUGAAACUGUUAACCUUGACAGAGCUGAAAUGAGCAGGACUGUUUUUGCUUUGCACACUGUGGGCUUGUUAUAAUUCAUAAGUACCGACUGUCGGACUCCAAAUGUCAGAGUGGAAGAAUUUGGUCAGGCUGUCAGAUACUCAUCUUGUCCCUGCCAAAGAUCUGAGUCCGUGGAAACUUCUGGAUGUUAGUUAGGUAUUACACUGUUGGACUUCUGCUUGUCACCAGGCUUUGGUGGCUGUGACCACAUCCAGACUCUGAGUUUGGGUUUUUAGAAUUAGUGGCAGUCCAGGGAAAUUUCAGUAGGUUUGCUUUUGAAGCAUUCUGCUGGAGGGAGAAUCUGAAACAUCCCAGUGAACUCUAUCAUUUAAAAGUAAAAUUCCCCUGUUCUUGAAUGCUUCAUUAACUGCCCGGUAUAAUGGACUAGAAACUCUUUGCCCAGGACCAGGUCUUGCUAUCUUUUUCACUCUCUCAAACAUUUUGAAACUGUAACCAUUUAUCUUCCAGAAAUGAACACAGGGCUUCAAAGUAGCUCUCCUAAUCAGGGACCCCCUUCUCAUUUAGUGUGUUUAACAGUGCCUGCGGUGCCUUCAGCACCUCACCCAUGAAAAGAUGAUAAAUCUGGCCGACAGCGUUACCAGGACCCCCCAAAUACGAAGUUUUGGUUUCCUUCCGGUUUUCCCCAUCAUGUUCUGAUUUUUCAUACUGUCUGUAGGCUCACUCAGCCCGCAGCUUACACGUGUGCUUUUUUCUAUGAAAAAUGAUGUAUUUUACUACUUCCUAUGUACAAAAAUUUAUUGUAAAUUUAUGUGUGCUUCGCUUGAACAGGGACCACGUUGCUAUCGUUUCAAUAAAACUGAUUUGAUUUCUAAAA